AAACUCUCGGAAGUUUAGCCAAGAAGUUGCUGUGAUUUACCUAGCUGCAAUAAAGACGGUGCGACUAAGAUAAACUAGCUUAUUUUGGGGGGGUAUAUAUAUAUAUAGAGAGAGAGACAUAAAGGAUUAUACAUGGAUUUAUAUCAAUUUUCAUUAUCUUGCGGUCGAAAACAUGAAUGGUAGCCACCUUUGGAAGAAGUUGUGAUUUUUUUUUUUUGGCGCUCUACUAGCUAACAACGCAGAGGAAAGAUGGUGGAGUUGAGCUAGCUUCAUAUGAGAUAGCAGAGCUAGCUAGCUAGGUUGCUAUCGUUUGUGUCUGAAAAGUUUGGAAGAACUGCCCCCUUCCGUUUGCCAUACUGGCCCACAUCUUAUGUUGGCAUAGCAGAUAAAGAAAACAUGAGUGCUCGGAAGAUGGAACCAGGGAUACUGGUGGUUGGAUCUAGACAUCAGAUGGUGCUCUGAAGAAGCCAUGGGUAGCUGUUUAAGCUGUCCAGAGAAGGAGUCAAUCCCAGAUAAUCAUCAAACCAAAUUUAAGGUGAUAAACGUGGAUGACGAUGGGAACGAGUUGGGCUCGGGCAUGAUGGAGCUGACAGAGGUCGAGCUAGUCCUCCACACCUAUCGCCGGGACGACGUCAAGUGGCCCUACAUGUGCCUGCGUCGCUAUGGCUACGACUCCAACCUCUUCUCCUUCGAGAGUGGCCGCCGCUGCCAGACGGGACAAGGGAUCUUUGCCUUUAAGUGUGCUCGGGCGGAGGAGAUCUUCAACAUGCUGCAGGAGGUGAUGCACAACCACAGCAUCAGUGUGGUGGAGGAGGCCGUACUGGAGACCAACCAGCAGGCCACACACACUCCUGCCGCUCUGGGCUACUCUGUUCCCACCGUGCACAAUGGUGUCACCCGGAUCCCUUCGGUGGGCGACGCCCCCUCGCACCCCUCCACGCGCCACCCGUCUGUGGCCAGCACCCGACUACCCUCAGUGGGAGAGGAGUCUACACACCCCCUCCUAGUGGCUGAUGAGGCGGUCCACACUUAUGUGAACACCACAGGCCUGCUGGAUGACCAGCCCAGCCCUCUGACUGCUCCAGCCCCUCUGGACAGCCCUGGCUCAGCCCAGUCCCAGUGCCCCCCUACACCACCACCUCCGCGGGUAGCCAGACCAGAGCCCCAGGCCCAGCUCCAGGAAGAACCCCAGGUACUGCUGGAGUCCCAGGGGGUACGCUUCGUGCUGGGGCCCACCCCUGUGCAGAAAAAGAUGGCCAAGGGGAAGCAUCAGACUGAGGAUGGAGAUGAAGAGGACGCAGGGGAGGACUCGGAGUCCCCGGAGCCUGGAGAGGGAGAGACCAACGGCCACACAGACACGGAGGCCCCAGCCCCACCAGAGGGCCAUCCUCAGCCGUCCUCUACACACUCCAAUGGCUCCUCUGCCUCUGUCGGGGCUCCAGCCACAGCCCCUCGCCGCCAUCUCUUGCCCCCCGUCACCCCUGACACCCUGCAGAAUGUCAACAACUCAGCCCAGCGGCGCACGGCCCUCCUGGACUACGAGAACCUCCCGGCCCUGCCGCCCGUCUGGGAGACCCGCAAGCCCAGCAACGAGGAGGAGGAGAACAACGGUGGGCCCCGUGGUGGAGGCCAAGGGGGGCUAAAGAUGUCCUCCCUCAACGGCUUCAACUCAGCCAUGGAGUCCUCCCACAACUACGUGAACACAGAGAAUGUGACUGCCCCCCUCAGCGCCCGCUGUGCCCCCGACACGGCACGCCGCCGCAGCGACGGGCCCAUCGUGUUCAACUUCGACUUCCGCCGGCCGUUGGGUCAAGAGCAUCCCAAGACGCUCAACUACAUCGAGGUAGAGAUGGAAACUACCGCCUCUUCCUCCGCAGCCUCCAAGGGUGCGUCCUCGGACACCAGCAACCCUCACACGCCCCGCACCCCAACCUCGCCGCCUCUGCCCACCACCCCCACACGCCGCACCGAGCUCUACGCCUUCAUCGACAUCGAGCGCACCGCCGCCAUGUCCAACCUGCAGAAGGCCCGGCCGCACGACGACGGGUCGUUGAGGAAAACGCGGCACAACAGCACAGAGCUUCCCACCAAAAGCACUGUCUGACUAUUACCUGAUCCGCCUGGCACCUUUUUCUACUAUUAACCCCUUUUUAAAAUAUGAAACAAAUGGGAAGGCAGCCUGUACAGGGGCCUUUGUUAUAGACAGAGAAACAGGUGACAGAGACAUUGGAAAUGCAAAGAGACUCCAGAAAGCGGUCCUAAAAUGAGAUAUAAACAGACUUGUGUGGGGUUACCUGUAAGGGAAUUCAGGUAGACCAAAGUAGGUACUUACUUGCCAUAUACCAAUUUAUUCCUAUGGUAAUAUAAUACCUCUUCUCCUUCACCCGUUCUACAGUGCAUUUGGGUUGUUUAUUAUGUUAAUAAGACUGGACUGCAUUCCUCCUCACCCACGGUACAAAUCAGUAUUACUGAACAAAGCAUUCCAUUUAGCCUUUUUAUGAUUCACUACAUGCUGCUGUAAUUUCAGUAUCUGAGGAUUACAUGGUACACUUCAUGUUUGACUAUGUACAGUAGAUUCUGGCACAAUAAAUGUCUGUUCUGUUUGUA